UUAGGGACAUUAGGAGCCAAGCCUUUAGAGCCUUUAAAAUAAAAGUUUAAUUAAUUGUAUAAUUAUCUGAAACCAGCUGAAGAGCAGAAUGUUUUUGUCACUGUGUCUCUGAAACAAAAUGAGAUUUUGGAGAGACUGAAUGUAAAUGUAACGUUCCUCCUGAGCUCACAGAAGACUGAAAUACUGGAAAAGAACUUUUAUUAAACACAGCUGCCAUUCUCUGAGGGUCGCUGUUCUUCCAGCAUUCUUGUUAGAAAGGGUCUGUUUCUGAGCAUCUUUCUGAAAGUUCACCCCGGGGACGCAAGGAGAAGGUACAAAAAGGCCAUCAAAGCGGCCUCUUACCAGGGACACGGUGAGCGGGCACCGGUAGAUUGGAUUUCUCUCCCGGGACGGACCUCGUGGGACCAUGUUGACAAUCCUGGUUGCCGGAUCCUUCUUCUUCCCGGGCCUGUUUGUGCUGUCGAAGCGAUGCCUGAAACGCGUCCCGGGCCUGCGAUGGAGCGAGGGGGACGCUGUCAUCGUUUCUGCCAGGUUGGUCUCGUCCAUCCAGGCGAUUAUGGCAUCUUCAGCUGGUUACAUCAUCGCCUCGUCUUGUGAGGACAUCAUUGAGGAUCAACACUGGCUGACCAGCUCCUACAUCCUUUUCGCCGUGCCGUACUUCGUCUACGACAUCUACGCCAUGUUCAUGUGCUACUGGCACAAGCUGCGGGUCAAAGGUCACGAAGACGGCUCGGCUCCCAGGGACCUCAGAACCGCCUUCAGCAGCUACCUGCGGCGGGAGUUCCUCAUGGUGCUGCACCACGUUGUCAUGGUCACCGUCUGCUUCCCGGUCUCUGUGUUCUGGCGCCAGGGGAAAGGUGAUUACUUUCAAGGCGUCAUGUUUCUGGCUGAGCUCAGCACCCCAUCGGUCUGCCUGGGGAAGAUCCUCAUCCAGUACAAGCAACAACACACUCUCCUUCACAAAGUUAACGGAUGUCUAAUGCUGGUCACUUUCUUCAUCUGCCGAGUCCUCCUCUUCCCCUACCUCUACUACGCUUACAGCAGAUACGCCUCCAUUCCAUUCUACAUGGUCCCGCUGAUGGUGCCCUGGCAGUAUAACCUGGGUGCAGGUCUCCUGAUGGCCCCCCAGGUCUACUGGUUCUCCCUCAUCUGCCGGGGGGCCUUUCGCCUCUUCACCAGGGCCCCGCGAGCCCCUCCGUCAGCCCCUUCCUCCAUCGCAAAGGUUGACUUGGACGGCAGUGCCACCCAGCUGUCACCUGCCAAUGGCUAUAGCCCCCAGGAGACAGAGAGAGAGACUGACACACACUGAGGGGA